UUCAUUGCAUGACACAAAUCAUUCAUUGAAAAAUGGCAACCUUGAAAAUGCUCCUUACUUUACUGGUGGCUGCAAUUUUAUUUUGCAGCCAAGUUGCCGAGGCUAGAGAAGUAGCCUUGGCCAAUGACGGGAACGAUUUACAAAUUUUCCCAUUUGAUAUUCCAUGUUAUCUGCCGUGGCCAUUUCCGUUUCCACGGCCAUAUCCAUGCCCUCCUCCACGGCCACGACCAUGUCCGCCUCCACCUCCACCACCAUGUCCUCCACCACCAUCCCCACCCCCUCCCGCCCCGAGUUCGAGCUGCUCAGCUAGUGAUGAAUCAAAUAUUUACAGGUGCAUGUUCAACGAAACUAAAAUUGAUCCAUGCUGCCCAACAUUCAAGAGCAUACUUGGUACUAGUUGCCCUUGCUAUAAAUAUGCAGAGAAUUUGGAUAAUCAAGUGUUAAUUACUAUUGAAGCUUAUUGUGAUGUUGAUAGCCCUUGCAAGGGUUUGCAAGUGAUUAAGCGGUCCAAGGAGGAAGAGUACAAAUAAAGAGACUUGAUGUUUAAUUCCAGAUGUUGAUGUUGUAUUAGAUGAUUUGAUGUUACUCUUUCUGUUGAGAAGUCUUUUGGUUAUCUGGUUAUGGUUUAGUCUACCAUUUUGCAAGACUUUUGUAAUUUCUCGGGGUCCACUUGUAAUGUCUGUGUUUCAGCAAUAAUUGGCAUCUGUCAGAUUCUUAGUACUAAAAUAUUACGGAAGAAAUUCAAAAAUAGUCCGAUUUA